AUGAGCGCCACAGAGCAGCUGGCGCAAAACCUGCAGGAGACUGCAGACUUCCUGCAUGUUCAGAAGAGCGUCCUGGACCAGCCCACGUGGAAGAUGGUGGUGGAGCAGCAGACUUCCGUCAUGCUGAGGCGGUUGGAGCUGCUAAACACCCUGUCGCCUGGGGAGGCCACCGCCAUCGUGAAGCUGGUGACAGAGUCAAAGCUGGGAGAGAUUGAUCCACAGUGGAGAAGCAAGGCCGUGCUUGCAGUUGGAGCUCGUGUGUCACAUGGGGGCAAAGCGACGACUGCGGCCCGACCCAAGCAAGCCAUGUCAAACUGGUCAAGCUACCUGAGCGUCAAGGACGUCGAGCUCUUGCAAAGCGCUAACCUCAGCAACUAUGCCAAGCUGGACGUGGUAGCCAACCGCAUGGUGCGCAUUGGCUUGGACCUGCCGACAGAAUCAUCUGCAGGAGUGGCACUGGGCAAUAACAAGCAAUCGUUGGAGCUCCUGCAGACUUUGAAGUGCUUGAUGCGGUCAAAGGCCAGGAAGGCUGGUAAAAAGAGCAUGGAACACAUAGAGACGUAUCCAUACAAGCCUUCCCAGGCCCUGAUAGCAGUGGCCUACGAUGCAGAUGACCCACCGUGUGAAAUCACUUCUCCGGUGGCAGGCAGGAUCAGCUGCCUGAGGAAAACUGCGAAAGGGGUGAAGGAGGACUCACCUCCGUCAACAGAACUUGUUCCGGCUCCCGCGCAGCCGGCCACCAAUGCAGUGGAUGCGAAUCCAAUGGGAUUUGGCCGAGAGGCCAUGCAGAUGUUCCAGAUGUUUCAAAUGUUUCAAAGUUUGCAAGGUGGCGGGUCGGGCGCAGGCUCAUCAAACGCAGGCUCACCAAGCGCAGGCAAUGGGGCAAACCUCCUCACCAACCUGCAGGUCUUUGGCAACAAAGGCAAUGUGACCAUGACACCAUCCCCUGCGAACAGAUUGACCGCGGAACCGCCCGCCAGUGCCGCCAAAGCAGCAACCAUAGCUGCCGGGGAAUCGCAGACUGAUUCACAGGAACAAUCGCCCAAAGGCUUGGAAUUGGUUCUGCCACUCACCAAACAAGUGAUUUCGCCAGAAGAGCAGCUUUCUUUGGUCAAGACAGCCACGGCGGAGAGGCAGGCUGCAAAGGAAGAAGCCAAACGGGCAGAAGCUGCAGCAGAGCAGGUCUUUUUGAACACCGGCGAUCGCUGUGACAAGAAAGUGAAGAUCCAGGACGAAGAGAAUUGCGGCGCUGAGUGGCAGCGAGCCUUGCAGUUAAUCGAUGAAGCGCCGGAGGAUGUGGAGUGA